ACACUCCCGAGCUCUCCAUGAAAUUCGCGAGCUCGCGAGUGCUACACAGCACAGGUGCACGGGCGAGAUACUCUCGAUGCCGCGGGGUAAUUCGCGAGGUCGCGUACGGCGUUGGCGUGGCUCACGGGUGCGUGCGUGAGCAUGGGCACAUGGGCACUCCCGAGGUCGCGGCUGUUGGCGCGAGCACGCGAGUGGCAGGCAGCGUGCAGCAUGCGGGUGGGUCACUCUCGAGCUCGCCAGGUUCUACGCGAGGUCGCGAGUGUGCGAGGGGCGUGGCGAUCGUGCACUCUCGAGCACGCCAGAUCAUUCGCGAGUUGGCGAGCGGAACGCGUGUUGGCAGGAGCAUCGUGCGCGGUUGUGCGGUUGUGCUGGCGUGCGGCGCGCGGGUGUGCUGGCGUGCG